CUUGUUUUUGUUAUUGUCAGCCAUGUAAAUCACAAUAUUUUAAACAAAAUUUCAAAAAUUGGACAAGUGGAAAUCAUGACGUUGAUGAAUUUAUUCAAAAAGCACAAUUAAAGGCUGAAUGGUAUUAUAAAAUCAUAGAAUGGAUUGAAUAUGAUAAAUUUGAAGAUGUUGAAUAUUUAGCAAAAGGGGGAUUUGGAACUACUUUUAAAGCAGUUUGGAAAGAUGGUCCUUGGACAAUAAAUAAUUUUCAAUUCGAAAGGAAAGGUGAAACAAAAGUCGCUUUAAAGUGCUUACAUAAUUCCCAAGAUAUUACAGCUGAUUUUUUAAAAGAAGUAAGAUAUUUUUUUACUGAUUUUAGUAUUAUUAGCCUUUAUAAAUGUUAAACUAACUAUAAUUUUCUUUUAAGGUUGAAUCAAAUAUUUUAGUAUAUUAUACUAGUAAUGUAGUUCGUUGUUUUGGUAUUGCCAAAGAUCCAAAAACAAAUAAUUUUAUAAUGGUGAUGGAAUUAAAAAAUGGUAGCUUAAGACAACAUUUAAAUAACAACUUUAUUUCACUGGAUUGGAAUCAAAAGUUGUGUAGUUUAUAUUGUAUUGCAAUUGGUCUUAAUGAUAUUCAUAAAAAAGGAUUAAUUCAUCAAGAUUUUCAUUGUGGAAAUAUAUUAAGCGAUUUUAAUAAAAAUGCUUUUAUUACUAACUUGGGAUUAUGUCAACCAGCAAAUGUCAAAUCCUCUCAAAAUAAUAAUAAAAAAAUAUAUGGUGUAUUACCUUAUGUAGCUCCAGAAGUUUUAAGAGAAAAAGAAUAUACUCAAAAAAGUGAUAUUUAUGGAUUUGGAAUUAUUGCAUAUGAAACUUGUACAGGUUUCCCUCCUUAUCAUGAUAUAGCUCAUGAUGAUUUCUUAGCAAUGAAAAUUUGUAAUGGGUUGAGGCCAAAGUCUAAUUAUAAAUUACCUCAAUUCAUUUUUGACAUUAUUAAUCAAUGUUGGGAUGCAGACCCUUUAAAACGACCUAAUGCAGAUGAAUUACAAAAGUUAUUUGGUGAUUUAUAUAUUAAGAGUUAUUCAAAUUCUUAUUCUGUGAUCAAAGAGCAAAUUAAAGAAGCAGAUGAAAUUAAUAAAAAGUCAUCCUCAUCACCAACAGCUCAAUCACCAUUAUCUUCUACAAGUACACUCACAUAUAUGACACAUCCUCAAGCAAUUUAUACAAGUAGAAUUUUAGAUUUUAAAAAUCUUCCAGAACCAAAAAAUGCUGGUAGUAAUUGAUGAUUUAUUUGAAAUAGAAUAUUCAGAAUCAAUAAAAGUUACCAAACUCAAUAUCAAUUCCAAAGAUUGCAAUUAAAUUCUUUGUUUAACAUAGUUAAUAGAAUAUUAAAAUAAUGUAAAAGCAAAAUUUUGUUUAUUAUCAAAUUUAACCUUAUACUGUAUUUUAUACUUGUUUUAAGUUUAUAAAAUUUAUAUGUUUAAAAAAAUUAUCUUA